AUAAUCGACAACAAUUUCAGAACGCCUCAAAGUUUUCAGAUGAACUCACCGUUUUAGAAUAGAUGUGGUGAUUAAAUAUAAACGUACAUAGAAACAAAUAAGUAAUAAAUAAAAAGUAGUUUAAUUGUUACUAAAACAAUAUAGUUUAAUUAUAAAAAAGAUCACUCGUACAAAUGGUUAAUUAUAUUGCAUAUUUAAUCACCGAAAGAACGCCACUUUUAUAUAGAAAUCACUCGUAUAAAGUGGUGGUGUCGGAGUCACAAGACAAACAGGAUUCUCAAUUAUAUUCAAAUACAUUUGGAGUACGUCAUGUGCAAGCCAUAUUAUUAUUCUUUGGCAUGUGUAUUGGUUAUUUUCUGCGCGUUAAUAUAUCAGCCGCCAUAGUGCCCAUGUCACAGGCCUCAUCUGGAGAUACCUACCACGAUUGGGACUCAGGGACAAAAAGUUUAAUACUCAGCAGUUUCUUUUGGGGAUAUGUUGCCGCUCAAAUGCCCGCCAGUAUGUUGGCGAAACGUUUUGGUGGCAAAAUAGUGUUGGGCGUCGCUACAGCCAUAGCCUCACUUAUCACCAUUUUCCAUCCAUUGGCUGCUAAUAAUGCUGACUGGGAAUUGAUUUGUGCUCUAAGAGUCCUGGUGGGUUUUACACAGGGUGUUGUAUAUCCCUGCAUACAUACACUGCUGGCCAAAUGGGCACCAUUUCCGGAAAGAGGUUUCCUAGCCACUUCUGUUUACUCGGGCGCUCAGUUUGGUACUGCUCUUUUGUUGGCGGUUAGUGGUAGCAUUUUUGAUUCGAGCAUGGGCUGGCCUGGUAUAUUCUAUAUCACUGGAGGUAUUGGCUUAUUGUGGUCCGCAAUAUUUUUGAUUUUUGGUGCUGAUACGCCAAGAGACUCGAAAAUUAUUUCCAAAGAGGAACGUGAAUACAUAGAGGCUCUGACUGGUAGUGAUCAAGAAAGUGGGAAAAUGGCAGUACCUUGGAAAUCUAUUUUCACUUCUUUGCCUUUCUAUGGCUUGAUUGCUGCCCACUGUGGUUUCACCUGGGGCUUCUACACUCUGCUAACCGAAAUGCCCACCUACAUGAGUAGCGUUCUACAUCUGGACGUUAAAUCCAAUGCCCUGCUCUCCGCCCUGCCCUACUUCGUAAUGUGGCUGUUGUGCUUGACUGUCAGUCCCAUAUCCGAUAUGCUUAUCAAUCGUAAAAUCAUUUCGGUGACAGUCUCAAGAAAACUUUUCAAUUCGAUUGGCCAAUGGGUGCCAAUGGCUUGUCUAAUUGCUUUGGGUUAUAUGACAGAAGAUGAGAAAACAUUAGCCAUUGUUCUGCUAACCAUUGGUGUGGGUUUCAAUGCCGGCUCUUUCUGUGGUUAUUUAGUCAAUCACAUGGAUUUAUCACCCAAUUUCGCUGGACCCAUGAUGGGCAUUACCAAUUGCAUAUCGAAUUUGUGUUCGAUCUGUGCCCCAUUAGUGGUAGGUGCUAUUGUUAGCAACGAAGAGGAUCCUGAUGAAUGGCGCAUUGUGUUCUUUAUAACGGCUGGUGUUUAUUUGGUUUGCAAUUUACUAUUUGUGGUGUUUGGCAAGGGUACUGUACAACCAUGGAACGAUCAAGUUGUAUCGAAUUCGACCACAACAUUGCCCAACAAUGCGGCCCAAGCGGCUAUAACUGCUGGACCUUUGUACAAUCGCAGCGAAAAGAAAAAUUAAUGCCAAUGCUAAAUGUCAACUGCAAUACUAAUGGUCUUGUGAAUGAUAUAGUGAUAUAAUCGAUAAGUAUAUAGAAUUUAACGAGAUUUGUUUUCAAUCUAUAAAAACACUUUUCCAGCCUCUCUGUAAUACGAAUCAAGAAACAUAUUACAUGCAUUUCCAAUCAUGUGCACACUAUUUUUUUACUCCACUUGAAAAUAUAUUAUUUUCUAUGGUGUUUUUUUUUAAUUUACUUAGCUAAAUAUCAAUAUAAAUACUAUUCUUGUUAGGUAA